CUUAAGGAUUUGUUAUCAUUACAGGUCCGUUAUGCCCCACACAUGCCCUUUGUGCUAAAGGGACUCACGUGCACUUUUGCCGGAGGGAUGAAAACUGGAAUUGUUGGGAGAACUGGCAGCGGAAAAUCUACCUUAAUUCAGGCACUUUUUCGUAUUGUUGAUCCUACAGGUGGCCGGAUACUUAUAGAUGGCAUCGAUAUCACAACCAUUGGACUGCAUGAUCUAAGAUCAAGGUUAAGCAUUAUUCCACAAGACCCUACCAUGUUUGAAGGAACUGUGCGUAGCAAUCUUGAUCCACUUGAAGAAUACACUGAUGCUCAAAUCUGGGAGGCCUUGGAUUGUUGUCAGCUUGGAGACGAAGUUAGAAAGAAAGAGCUGAAGCUGGAUUCUGCAGUGACUGAAAAUGGUGAGAAUUGGAGCGUUGGUCAACGUCAGCUUGUAUGUUUGGGUAGAAUUAUUCUGAAAAAGAGCAAGGUUUUGGUUCUUGAUGAAGCAACUGCUUCAGUGGAUACUGCCACUGAUAGCUUAAUCCAGAAAACUCUGAGGCAGCAGUUCUCAGAUGCAACGGUCAUCACGAUAGCACACAGGAUAACAUCAGUUCUUGACAGUGAUAUGGUCUUGCUUCUUGAUGAUGGUUUGAUUGUGGAACACAAUAGGCCAACUAAGCUGUUAGAGAAUAAGUUGUCCUUGUUCGCAAAACUCGUGUCUGAAUAUACGAUGAGAUCAAGCUCGCAGUUUUGAAAUUUUGAUGUUUAGAUACCACGCUUUAGAUGAUGAUGAUAAUUCAUGAGAAGAUUAUAUAGAAGACUGUAAUUUGUGGUGGUAAGUGAAGAUUCGGCUGAAUAGUGUAUACUACGCAAAUAUAUGAACAGAGAGCUAGCUUCUGAAGGUAUUUUUGUUAAGGAACAUUGGAAGUUAGGCAAGAAAAAUUUGUAUGUGUAUGAACAGAAU